AGUUAUUCUCCAAAACUGGUUACUAUGUUGCAGCAGGUGGUCAUUGUGUGCAGUGGACAAGUCAAGUGAAUGGAAAUAUUACGUUUAUUAUUAUUUUUUAUGACAACGCGUGAUUAAAUAUUUUAGAACGUGUUUUUGACGGCUUAUUUUCUUACUUGAAAGGUGUGUGAUUAUACAUCCAGGUAGUUUUCCCCCGAAUACUUUUGUAUUCUAACAAGAGUGAAACUCAGAAUAGUUGCUGUCUUGAGAAACGUGGCUUUUAUGAACAGCUUUUAUUGCAUUUUUGCGGCGAACCAUGGCUUUUGCUAAAUUCAGCAAAAUACUUCGCCUGUCUAAUUUUGACAUAAAAAAUAAGGCAAAACAAUAUGAACACGUUCAUCGAGACAUCAAUCCUAAUGACCAAUGGGAAAUUAUCGGAGAGUUGGGUGAUGGGGCUUUUGGAAAAGUUUACAAGGCCAAGAAUAAGGAGACUGGAGCGCUGGCUGCAGCCAAAGUCAUUGAGACGAAGACUGAGGAGGAGCUGGAGGAUUACAUGGUGGAGAUAGAUAUCCUGGCCAAGUGUGACCACCGCUACAUCGUCAAGCUGUUGGACGCCUUCUACCAUGAUGCCAAGCUCUGGAUCAUGAUCGAGUUCUGCCCUGGAGGAGCCGUAGACGCUACUAUGUUAGAGCUGGACCGGGGCCUGAUGGAACCUCAGAUUCAGGUGAUCUGCAGACAGACGCUGGAGGCCCUGGUCUACCUCCACAGCAUCAAGAUCAUCCACAGAGACUUGAAGGCCGGGAACAUCCUCCUCACCCUGGAGGGAGACAUCAAGCUAGCGGAUUUUGGGGUGUCAGCGAAAAAUACCAAAACCCUACAAAGAAGGGACUCUUUCAUAGGAACACCAUACUGGAUGGCUCCGGAGGUGGUGAUGUGUGAGACUAUGAAGGACGCUCCAUAUGACUACAAGGCUGACAUCUGGUCCCUUGGUAUCACCCUGAUCGAGCUGGCGCAGAUCGAGCCCCCGCACCACGAACUCAACCCCAUGAGGGUCCUGCUGAAGAUAGCCAAGUCUGAGCCCCCUACCCUGGAGCAGCCCAACAAGUGGUCACAGGAGUUUAAGGAUUUCCUGAAAAAGUCGUUGGAUAAGAAUCCGGAGAGUCGGCCAAACGCAGCCCAGCUCCUGGAGCACCCCUUUGUUUGCUCUGUGAAGACCAACAGACCCUUGCGAGAGCUGGUUGCUGAGGCGAAGGCUGAAGUCAUGGAGGAAAUCGAGGACAAUCGAGAGGAAGGAGAGGAGGAGGACACCACUGAGCUCUCAGUCCCAGUGCCUCCAGGCAAGGACCCGUCUCAAACCAGUCAAACCAGUCUACAAGGGGACAGUGCCCCAGACACACUCACCAAAACUCCCGUCGGGGCCGAGGCCAAACCCCCCGUGAGACCUUCCCGCACGAGGGAUGGCCAGCCGAUCGACCGACAGCUCCCUGAUGAGGGCAUCAGCAUUGUGGACUCUGACAAGCCCGAGAGCGAGGCCUCUGGCAAGGUCUUCUCCAGCUCCGACUCGGGCAUCGAGGAUGGGAAGAGCACCUCGGAUGAGGGCAAGCCUGUGGACACCCCUCUGCCAGAGAACCAGGCCCUGCUGGCACAGCCCGAGAUGGUACCAAAAAUACCCCAAAGCCAGUUGGAGGUGAAGGGAGAAAGCGCCAGCAUGGCCAGUGGGGUGGUUCCCGUGAUUGGGGAAAAAGGGCCCCCUACCCCAGACCCCACAUCUUUGAUCGGGCUGAACGGCAGCACGAAGAGAGGGCCUUCGAAAAGGGAGAGGGUCGCCAUAGGGGCUAACAUGGACAACCCGAUGGCCCACCACAACGCCAAUGGCAUGAUCUCCAAGAGGUACUCUGACGCGGGCAGCGUGUCUGCUUCUGAGAGCAUGGACAUCAGCCUCAACCUGUCAGGAGACAUGUCAGUCAACAAGGACGAUGGAUCCCUCUGCCCCAGGGUGGACUCUCGUUUCUCCAGUAAGACGUUGAAGCGCACCAGGAAGUUUGUCAUUGACGGCUUGGAGGUCAGCGUGACCACAUCCAAGAUCAUCGGCGAUGAUGAGAAGAAAGAUGAAGAGAUGAGGUUUCUCAGGCGUCAGGAGCUCCGGGAUCUGCGACUGCUGCAGAAGGAGGAGCACCGUGCCCAAGCGUUACUGAACACAAAGCUGGACGCUCAGAGGGAGCAGAUGCAGCGACGCUUCGACCAGGAGAUGAACGCGAAGAAGAAGUUCUACGACACGGAGCUGGAGAGCCUGGAGAAGCACCAGAAGCAGACCAUCGAGAAGAUGGAGACGGACCACGCCAUUAAGCUCAGGGACGAGACCAAACGCAUCCGCUCCGAACAGGACCGCGACUACAACAAGUUCCAGGAUCAGAUGAAGCGCAACAAAAAAGAGGUGAAGAACGAGAUUGAGAAGCUCCCCAGAAAGUCCCGGAAAGACAGCAUGAAACAGAGCAUGAACACCUUUACACAGAUGAAACAAGCGGAGGAGCAGAACUUCCUGUCGGCCCAGAAGAACCACCUGGACACAACGCUGAAGAGGAUAAUUUCGGAGAACAAGAGGGAGAUCUCUGAGACAGAGAGGCAGUGUCUCAACAAGAAGCAGAACCUUGUCAGAGACAGGGAAGCUACUAUCUGGGACCUAGAUGAGAAGAACCUUCAUGAGAAGCACCAGUUACUGAAACAGCAGCUAAAAGACCAGUACUUCCUCCAACGGCACCAGCUGCUCAAGAAGCAUGAGAAGGAACAAGAGCAGAUGCAGUGCUACAACCAGAGGAUGAUUGAGCUGCUGAAGGCCCGGCAGCAGCAGGAGAAGGGUCGCCUGCCCAAGAUCCAGCGCAGCGAGGGCAAGACCCGCAUGGUCAUGUUCAAGAAGAGCCUCCGCAUCAACUCCACGGGCAGCACGUCGGAGGACCGCGAGAAGAUCAAACAGUUUGCCCAGCAGGAGGACAAGCGUCAGAAGGCUGAGCGGCUGCACCAGCAGCAGAAGCAUGAGCACCAGAUGAGGGACAUGGUGGGCCAGUGUGAGGGCAACGUCAGGGAGCUCCAGCAGCUACAGAAUGAGAAGUGCCACCUACUCAUUGAGAACGAGACUCAGAGGCUCAAGUCUCUGGAUGAGCAGCACAACCACCAUCUCAAGGAGUGGAGGGAGCAGCUCAAGCCUAGGAAGAAGGCUCUGGAAGAGGAGCUGACCCAGAGGAAGAGGGAACAGGAGGUGUUCUUUAAGAUGAGUGAGAACUCUGAGUGCCUGAGCCCCAGCUCCCCAAACAAACUCACCAAGUUCCUCCCUUACUCUGAAUCCUCUACAACGUAGACUGGCAUCUCACCCCCCCCACCCCCAAACACCCUUAUCCCACACCAUGCCCAGAAGGACCACUGUCAGCUUCCUCAUUCCUCCUGAACUUUUAUUUCAUUUUUAAGGAAUAGUUAUGUUUUAAGUCCUGUUUAUAAGAUUUUAUCAUUUUAUUAACUCAGAUUGGUCAUAUUUUCUUUGAGGAUUGUCUUUAACUCCACAUGUGCAUCAGGCUGCUUGAUAGUUAGGGUGUUCUUCAUCCAUGCAGUGUUUCCUUUUUCAUUCUUAUUAAUAUUGCCGACAGCACCAAAUUGACUCAGAUCCCCAUUGGUUUGUCUACACAAUAAGCAUGAGACUAACCUAAUAGUUAGAAGGGUGUGGUGGGGCGAUGCAUCCCAUAUCCCAAAGAGGGUCAGUUGAGGAGUAGUAGUUUAGGUGCAAUGUGGCCCUGGCCACAUCUGCACUUCUCAUGCCUCAUUGCAGCAUGCCUAAGGCUUGUUCACACAGAUGGGCAGGUACCCUGCGCAUCUUUCUUUUGGUGUUUUUCAGAGUCAGUAGAAAGGCCUCUUUAGUGUCCUAAGUUUUCAGAACUGUGACCUUAAUUGCCUACCGUCUGUACGCUGUUAGUCUUAGCGGCCGUUCCACAGGUGCAUGUUCAUUGAACAAGCAUGGGAAACAGUCACCCUUUACAGUGAAUAUAUUUAGAUUUUUACGAAUUCUCUGAAAGACGGGGUCCUGAAAACAGGACAUUUCUUUUUUUGCUGAGUCUAUCAAGUUGACAAAUUUUCUUUUGACAUUUCUUUAUUACUUUACAAAGAUCAGCACAGAGCAUGAUCUUCAGAAUUCACUUUCUUUCUGUUAACACAGUGAAUUAAUAGAAUUCCCAGCGAAAUCAGUUUAACUAACUUGGACUGUAAGUCGCUUUUGAUAAAAGCAUCUGCUAAAUGGCAUAUUGUAUUAUAUAUUAACUUAAAAUUGCAUUAAAAUGCUCAGAUCAUUUGCCCUUGUUUUCGAUCAGAAUAGAGCCCUAGUUUUACAAUUUGAUGAGAUAAGCUUAAACACGUAAUGAAUACAGGAGAAGUCAGGGAAAAGUCAUUUGUAGUCCAAUUUAUUUUAGUUUUUUAAUUCGAGGGUUGAAGAAAAUGGAUAUUUUUUUGAGUUGAUUGUGUUCAUGUCUCAAAUGUUUUUCUGUGCUGCAUUUUUACUGUAAAGGCAAUACUAGCACACUGGAUGGGAAUUAAAAGGCAAAGUGGAAUACUGUCUUUGUAGGAAUCUUAAGAGAUAAGUUUUACAUUUAAUUAAAGGUAUUGGGUUUAUUUUCCAUUGUUUGUUGAUAAUACAUGUACUGUCUGCUAACGAAAGUGCAAUAUGUAAUUUUUCCUCCACUAAAUGUGCCUUUCUUUGCACUGAGGAGUAUAUUAAGUUAUGAGGUAGUGCAUCGGAGCUAUUUUGCAGUUAAUAUGUAUCCUGCUGCUUUUGAAAAUGGGGCUUGUUUUCUUGACCAAUUAGACCUGUUAGAUCACUGGAGGCCCGAGUGGCUGCGGAUAUUCGCUCUUCCCUUCUACUUGAUUGAUAAAUGAAGGUCACUGAUUUAGUAAGGAACUCCCCACACCUGGUUGUAUAAGUCUUAAUUCAAAGGAAAAGCCAGCAGGCGCUAGGCCCUCCAUGGAAUGGGUUUGACAGCGCUGUGUUAAUCUACAGUAAUUUGGUCAACUGUCAGGUACAACUACUCUCUCAAGAUGUAUUUUAAUUUGUUUGUUUUUCUCUCUUCUGUUGUCAUUUGCAAUGACUGUCUUUUUCUGUCUGUUUACCUUUUUUUUUAAAGUUUAUUUUGUAAGGGGUGUGAGUGAAUGACUGUUCAGCAGAAGGAACCAUUGUUGUACAUGAGUCUAAUAAAUGCAAACGUUCUAAUGUC